AUGGGCAUUCCAACGCCAUCAGACAAACUCGACCGAAAACUCAUGUCCGACUUCGCUGUGAGCGUAGUGCCAGUCGAUCAGAGGAUACGAUGUCUCGCAGCCCUCGAGCUUCUGCUGAUUAUGAUGCAACACCCCAAGAUGACCCACGAGUUUGAAGUUCUGACAAAAUACGCGGACAAACAUCUAUUCACCAAAGAAGAAGGAAACGAAGCUAGUCCCCUUCUUGCUAUAUUCAUGGGCUACAUCGCGGCGCUACACAUCCGAGAGUUCGUGAAAGCUCAACGAAGGGAUGACGAGGUACUCGUGGAGUUUCAAGAGGCCAAUUUCGAAGAUCAGCGCUCGAAAAUAAGACAGUAUCUCAAGGCCGCGCUCAGUGUUCCUAACGUGGCUGGCGACGCUUUCCUAGAAGUUGCGCGAUAUUAUUCAACACUCGACGAAGAGCUCAAUUUCGAUCAGCUCCUGAAGUCCUACAUUAAUCGGAACCUGCAUUUGACAACUCGGCAUUUGACAGGAUUCUUGUUCCAUCACGAGGUGCUUCGUCGACGAGUGGACGCUGAUGGCAAGGUCCGGCAAUUAGCUACGAUGCGGAAGAUCAUUCAAAUUUCACCGGGGGACGAGGUGGUCCUUGAGUACGCGGAGAAUAUUCUUUCCUUGGGGGAAGUCGCGGAUAUCAAGGACGUCGCCAUGCGUCUUGCUCAGUAUCUCGAUCACUGGGAUCGCAGACGGUGCCUGAAGGGAUGGACUCUGAUAUUUUCUGCCCUAAUUUAUGCGAGGAGAGCGUCCUAA